AAACUGAGGCUGGGGCCCGGCUGCUCAUUUAUUUCUCCGACGCGCUCCCCAGCUUUCUGGAGGGAAGCCCGGCAGACAACAGGAGGGCUGCGGAGUUCACGGCAGGAGUGAGUCUGAUCCGGAGCGCCCUCCUCCCAGACUGGCACCAUCUCUCCCUGCCUCCGAGGCCGUGGCCUCCGCCUCCAUCCCACACAACCCUGCGCACUUGGCACCCCCGUCACACCCUCAUGCUUGGACGCGAGCACCAACCGCCGGCGUGGGUGACUCGUCAGGGCGGGCCCUGGACGGGGCAGGGCGGGGCACCCCGGGAGUCUUAAAGGACUCUCCAGGCCCCCACCCCUGCCCCGCUGUCGCCGGCGCCGCUGCUGCCCCUGCUGCUGCUGCUCCCAGCCAUGGCGGAGACUGCCAAGCUCCAGCUGUUUGUUAAGGCUCUUGACGGUGGGAGGCAGCGCCCUCUCCGGCGCAGUUCUUAGGUCGGCUCUCUGUCCUGCUCCUCUACUGCCCGCACCCCAGGCCAGCGAGGACGGGGAGAGUGUGGGACCCUGCCCUUCUUGCCAGCGGCUCUUCAUGCUCCUGCUUCUCAAGGGCGUGCCCUUCACCCUGACCACCGUGGACACUCGCAGGUCCCUGGAUGUGCUUAAGGACUUUGCCCCUGGCUCGCAGCUGCCCAUCCUUCUCUAUGACGGCGACGCCAAAACAGACACACUGCAGAUCGAGGAGUUUCUGGAGGAGACGUUGGGGCCCCCUGAAUUCCCCAGCCUGGCGCCCCGCUACGGGGAGUCCUCCACGGCCGGCAACGACGUCUUUCACAGGUUCUCGGCCUUCAUCAAGAACCCGGUGCCCACGCAGGACGAUGCCCUGUACCAGAUGCUGUUGCGAGCGCUCACCAGGCUGGACGGCUACCUGCGCACGCCCCUGGGGCACGAGCGCGCGCAGGAACCCCAGCUCCGCGAGUCGCGCCGCCGCUUCCUGGACGGCGACGAGCUCACGCUGGCUGACUGCAGCCUGCUGCCCAAGCUGCACAUCGUGGACACGGUGUGCACGCACUUCCGCGGAGCGCCCAUACCGGCCGAGCUGCGCGGCGUCCGCCGCUACCUGGACAGCGCGCGGCAAGUGAAGGAGUUCAAGUACACGUGUCCGUCCAGCGCUGAGAUCCUUGCGGCCUACCGGAUGGCCGUGCGUCCCCGCUAACCCCUCCCCCGCCAUCUCCAGCCACCACCUGCCCCCUCUCCUACAGCCCCAUAAAGGCAGCUGUGCCCCAGGGAACAUGUCCUGACCUCCGGGGGACCAGAGGGCCCUCGAUUUCUGCCACCGCCAAACCCCCACCAUGACCCCAUAGCUCCACCUGAUAGCCCAGAAGGACAGGGGCAGAGAACCCAGUGGGUGGUUCUGCCCAGCCCUCCACUCACCCUAUCAGGCGUGGCGGGGGACUGGAUUGGGCUCCCAAACCAGUCAGGCCAGGGUGGGGCAGCAGGAUGGCCAAGGCGGGUGGGGACCAGGAGCCCAGCCUGGGCACCUAGGGGCUCCAGGCCAGUGGGUGGGGCCAGCCCACAUUCCUCAGCCCUGCCCCAGGGAGCUGCCCCCCCCCCCUCCACAGGGGCCAGUUUGCAGGCAGUGUGGGAUUCCCAAGGCUGGCGGGGGAGGGGGAUCUGGGAUAAGUGUGGGCCUGGAGUAGUUGGCAACGGGGUUCCAGCCUUGAGGAGCCCUGCCUUGCCUUCCAGGCCCUUGGCUCCUAUGCAGACCAGGCAGGGGCAGCUGGGUGAGCCCAGAGCUAGGGACCCCCACCCCUCCUCCACCCCAGGGAGUGUGAAGGCUGCUGCAACAGCUUACUGCUGCCCGGCCACGUGCCAGGUCCCAGGUCCCAGGUCCCAAGGAGAUCUCUGACCCCUCUCCCCCAGCCAGCCCCCAGGAGCCGGAGUGUGGCCAGUUCCUCCCUGCGAGGAAGCAUUUAUUCGACGGAGAAGGGAUGUGGGGAGCAGGCGUGCCCGACCCUCCGGCAAGACGCCUCUCAGAGGCUGUCCCCACUUCACAGGCAGAUGGCUGGCGGGAUCGCACUCUGCUGCACCCUCAAGGGCUCUCAAAGUCUACACCACCGGCUGGUUUCUUACUAGGAGAGAAGAGGAAGUGACACUGUGGUGUUGUGCAGGGGGGGGUGGGGGGGUACAGCAGCACCCCCGGCACCGGAGGGAGGGACAAGUGGCCGAGUGGCUGAGUACCUCUUGAAGCCGGGGUUGAUGAGGGACUCUCCUGGACACCGCCUCCUGACCCCGAGUCCAGGGCCGCCUCUCUGAGCAUCUGGGUCUGAGAGAAACAGGACAGGAGGGGGGUCCUGAGUCCUGUCCAGUUCAGGGCCACAACCCCUUCUCCACACGCAUCCUCUGGAGUUGGACUCUUGUUCCGGGGAAGAACACAGCCCCAGCCAAAGUCACGGGUGACAGGCCUUACCUGGUAAGAAGAGCUGAGGCCCCACCAGACAAGGGCUCUUUCUGGGGCUGGCAGCUGUCAUCUCCGCAGCUGGGGAAGAAAGCCCAGAGUGCAGGUGCGAGCGGGGGCGGGACCCAGUGAAGACUCUGGGCACAGCCCCCCACCGUACCUGCCAGCUGCCUCGUCAAGGUGCACACUUGGUCUGCCAGCCUCAGGGUCAGCGCCUGCAACCUGGAGGCUGCCUCUGGGCCCGGCACCUUGGAGAGGGCAAAAUCCAGUGCUGAGGGCCCCCCUGAAAGGGUGAGGGAUGCUUGGUCCUCCUGCAGGACGAAAGUCAGAGCUCGCUGCUCGCAGGCUGCCCUAGGAAAGGAGCGGUGCUGAGUGCUGUGUCCAGACCCCCCUGCUCCACACCCGCCCUUCCUCCCUGCCCAGGGGCUCACCUGAACCGGGAAGUGAUAUCCUCAGCCGCGCUCAGGCCAAAACGGGCUUUCUACAGGGCACAGGGGCUGGUCACCAGCUGCCCAAGACCCUGGAACCGCCCCAAAGCUGCCUGAUCCAGAGCCACCCCCGGAGGCCGGGCCGAUCUUGGGCCUACAGCUCCAAAGCUCAGGGAAGGGUGUCCAGACCCGCCUCCCCCCACCCCGGGGGGACCCCAGACCGCCCGCCUCCAUCUCAUAGGUGGUCCGCACUGCAGUCGGGGGUGCUGGGGGCUUCCGGGCCCUCCCGGGAGCCCCGCUACCCACGAGGGCCGCCAGGCUGUCCGCCGUGAAGCAGGUGCUCCAUAGCUCCGCCGCGUCGGUCACACUGCGGGGGGAGCGGCUGUCAGACCGGCCGGCCCCCGAGCUGUCCGCGCCCCCAGCGCCCCGCGCGCCGCCACUCACUAGAGGUUGAAGGCGCCGGGGCCUCCGUCCUCUCCCUCCCCCUCGCAAAAGCACACGAAGCGCGGGGGUCCGGGGCCCGGUGGCAGCGUGCAAAGAGGCGGUGACAGCGGCGGCACCAUGACACCACGGCGAGCGGAGGGCCACCCACCGGCCCGCGCGCCUGCAGGCCUAGGGCGCAGCGCGGGAGCCCAGCUCCGGAACGGGGGGCGGGGCGCGAGCGGGGCCCACGGGGCCUGCGCGGGGCGGGGCUGACGGCCCUGUCCCCGCCCCGAGCCCCAGAACCGCGCGGGGCCGGUGGGGGGGGUGGGCGCGGCCGACCGAGUUUAGGGCGCGGGGCGGGGCCUGCGAGCCUGGGGCGGGGCUCUCCGGGGCGGGGUCCCCAGGCCCGCGUGGGGGCCUCUGCCCGCCUCCCUGCCCCCCACAGCUGCGCGCCCGCGGCCCUGCGGAGUCCGGGGUUCCCCGGGUUUGCGCUUCGCCCCCGGCGGUGCCAGCGGCCUCCUCCUGCGGUUCCCACCGGCCCUCGCCGUCCGCGAGAUGUUUCUCGCGUCGCCUUCAGAUCCGCCAAGCCGCACCCCGGCCCGGUGCAAAGGGAAUAAACUACGCGACCCGUCCGUCCCCCGCCUCCGCCCGGCCCCUCUCUUGUGCCCGGCGUCCUCGGCCUCGGGCACACCUUCACCCGCGGACAAGGUCUCUGGUCGCCUGGGGCUUGUGAGAUCUAACGGGACGACAAAUAAUAAACGUGCAACUCUCGGUA